AUGGCAACUCCAGAAGAUAUAGACUCCAUACCUUCAAACCGUCGCAAAGCCUGCGAUUUGUGCUUCACAAAAAAGAUCAAAUGCGAUAUGCUAAAGCCCGACUGUUCAAAUUGCAUUCUUUAUAACACAAGUUGCCGUACCAGUAUCAUCAGACGUAAGCCCAGUUCGACGACAAAGGGCAGAAUAGCCAAACAACAACAAGAAAACAAUCGGUCGGAAGGUCUUGAAGCCCGGCUGAAGCGUAUAGAAGAGCACCUAGAGCUUGUUCUCAAUGCUGCCAAAGAUGCACAAUCAGCUAAGCCACCAACAUGGUCACCAGAGAGCCAUUCCAGCAUUACCGAUUCAUCAGAGUCCGUCCCUAACAAGGGUGGAAUCGACGAGGACUUGGCGAAACUAGGCGUUUAUUCUUGGAAGUUUGAUCCUGUUCGUCCACUUGUAUACGAAGGUCCUCAGCCAAACUCACUUGACCUUCCUCCACUCGAGGAGGUUCUCCCUAUUGCGAAUCACUACUUUUCCACCUUUAAUACCGUUAUCCCGCUCUUCCAACAACCAGAGUUCAUGAAACUUCUCAGGUCAUGGUAUAACCAACCGAGUACACGCGACAGAGCGAGAUGGGCAGUCAUACAAUGCGUGAUGGCAAUCGGGUACCGCACGCCUCAACUUUCUCUCACCAAUAGCCAAGCGGUGCACGUUGAAAAGGCGGACCAGUGUUUGCGGAAUGUUCAAAGCGUUGUCUCGGAGCUUGUAACGCGCGAAGAUGAUCUGCUCGGCGUACAGGCCCUGUUGGGUAUUGUGAUGUUGUUUCAGAACAGUCGUGAUCCGAAACCUGCGGGUGUAAUUAUUGGGACAGCGUUGCGAUUGGCGCAUAGAUUGCGAUUGCAUUCGCAAGAGGCGGCGAUGAACUUUCCUGCUGCCGAAGCCGAACAUCGAUCACGAGUUUUUUGGAUUGCCUAUGUUUUGGACAAGGAUAUUAGUCUAAGAGGGAACACACCUUCAUGCCAGAAUGACGAAGAUAUCGACAUCCCCUUACCCACAAUAGCGCCAGCAGACAGUGCAGGAUUAAUAUGGACGCAGAAUGGGCAAGUCCAUUUUAACUACCACCGAAGACGUGUUGAACUUGCCUACAUAGAAGGCAAAGUCUACGAUCUCCUUCACUCCAAUCGAGCCAGUCGGAUUACACCACAAGAGCGUAAAAGAAGGGUAGCGCACCUCCAGUCCAUGCUUGAUCAGUGGUAUGAGCGUAUCCCGCAGGCUUUCCACAUCGAGCACGUUGCUGCGACCGUGGGACCGAGUCAGCUCGUGCAGAUGACGAAGAUGCAUCAUGCAUUUUUGCUGACUGAGGUAAUGAUACAUGGUAUAUACAGUUAUAAUAAAGAUUGGCAGAAGAGGAUAAGCUCUUUUGGGAGAGAAACGAUAUCCGGGGGAGAUCAAAAUGGUGCAAACAAGGAACAGGCGCCUCUGCCAGAGGGCUGGAAUCAGUGUGUUGAUGUGAGCAGGGGAUGUAUGAAGCUAUUCCAGGAGGCAACACCGACAGAGUGUCUAGUCUGGCAAUGCAGUUACUCUCACUUCUCAGCCCUGAUAGUCCUCCUUGCCAACAUGAUUCUCAAUCCAGGUCACACAUCAAUCCACACAGACCAGCACAUCUCAAUAAAAGCACUCGAUCUUUUCGAUAAGCUUCUCAAGGUUGUAGACGACGAAGCAUUUAGGGCACUGCGUUCUGUCGUCGGGGAUCUAAGCCAACGAGCGCAAGAAGCCGUGGCUGCGCAUCGAAAGCAUCUCAAGAGUCUAGGCCAGGACAUCUACGAGCCGAUUGACGUUGAAGAGGCAGUCGUGCAGGAGCUAGACUUUUUGCCCACCGAUGAUACGUUUGAGAAUAUGGAUGGGCCAUUUUCUGGGCUAGAAUCGAGUGUGGAUUUCGAUGUUCUUGGGUUUGGGCAGGAUGGUAGUGGGAUUGGGUUUGUGGAUGGGGACACGAAUACUUGGUUUUUACCUGGGUGA